AUGACAACUUAUUUUCUGCAGUAGAAGGCAGCAUUUAAAGCAUGUUUCCUGGUCACCCUACCACAGCACUGGAUCCCGUACACUUCCAUGUUAGUGCAGAUGUUAUUGGUGCUCUUCAACAGAUACUAAAAUAUUUUUUCUUUAGGGAAUGGUGGAUCAACACUUCAUGUUCUUCAAUGCUUGGAAGAUCUGUAUGGCGAUAAAUGGACUUCUCUUACUGUGCUGCUGAUUCAUUCUGGUGGUUACAGUCAACGUUUGCCAAACGCGAGUGCACUGGGAAAGAUUUUCACAGCUUUGCCUUUUGGUGAUCCCGUUUACCAGAUGUUGGAGCUGAAGCUUGCCAUGUACAUUGAUUUCCCCAGUCGCAUGAAGCCAGGAAUUCUCGUUACGUGUUCGGAUGACAUAGAACUUUACAGCACUGGAGUUACAGAAACCGUCACGUUUGAUAAACCCGGAUUUACUGCAUUAGCUCACCCUUCAGACGUGACAGUGGGGACCACUCACGGAGUGUUUGUUUUGGAUCCAUCCAGUUUUUCAGGAAAAGGAGGACUCGAAUACACAUCUUGCCAUCAUUUCCUGCACAAGCCUGAUGUUGAGACGAUGCGCCAGCGCGGCGCAGUGUGCGUACGAGGGAAUUGUUCCCAGCUCGGUUCCUCUGGAGACCACAGGGGCUCAGGAACGGACUCGGGCUGUGUGUAUACAGACAGUAUAUUUUACAUGGAUCAUAGCACUGCAAAACGAUUACUGACAUUUUAUAAGCAAAUGGGCACUCUUUGCUGCGAAAUAGAUGCAUAUGGCGACUUCCUCCAGGCCCUGGGGCCGGGAGCCACUCAAGAUUACACAAAAAAUACAAGUAACGUCACGAAAGAGGCAUCACGAUCAGUAGAAGUGCGGCAGAAGCUCUACUCCCUUCUGAAAGGAACUACGUUUAAUGUUAUAGUCUUGCACAACUCGAAGUUCUAUCACAUUGGAACUACUCAGGAGUAUUUGUUUCAUUUUACAUCCGACAGCAAACUGAGAUUUGAGCUUGAUUUACAGUCUGUGGCUUUCAGCAUCGCUUCGGACCAAGCCGAGCCCUCGGAUGGCUCGGCGAGUGUCAUUCAGAGCGUGCUCGAGCCCGGGUGUUGCAUAGGGGCUGGAUCCGUCAUCGAAUACUCGAGAAUCGGGCCUGAAGUCUCCGUAGGGAAGAACAGCAUUAUUAGUGGGUCGUACAUAAAUGUGGAAGUAGACAUACCUUCAAACUGUUUUCUGAGCUCAUUAAGUGUAAAAAUCAACAAUCAAGUCAAGUAUGUAAGUAUGGUGUUUAGUGUAGAAGACGACUUGAAGAAGAGUGUGAAAUCGUUGUCAGAUAUACAUUCACUCCAGUUUUUCGGAACCAGCUUACUGGAAUGCCUGGACCUCUGGGGUGUAAAGGCAUCAGACCAGCUCUUCUCCAGUGAGAACGCAGGUUUGGGGUUGUGGACUGCCAGGGUUUUUCCUGUGUGUUCUACUUUAAGUGAAUCGGUUAGAAUGUCAUUAGAAAUGUUAAAUUCUGUGCAGCGCAUGUCAGCUUUUAAACUGAAUGGCUUCCAGCUCUUGUCCGUUGAAGAAAUGCUCUCCUACAAGGAUGUAGAGGACAUGUUGAAGUUUAGGAAGCAAAUUUAUGAUGAAAUCCAUCUACAGAGACAAAAAGAGAAGCCUGAUUUGUAG